AAGAAACAAACGAUUGGAGCUCCUGCCGCUCACGGAUUAGUCCGGAUCGUUCGUCAGCUGCCAGGGCCCAGGACAACUGUCCCUGCAGGCCUGCACGCCGGCGUCCGUGUGAUCGCGCUCGCGCCUCCGAAGAUCUGAGCAGCUCAGCUAGUGGACUCGUUUCGCUUCCUCCAGGCUCCAGCGCCUGAGGCAGCCGCAACGCAAGGGCCCCGGAACCACGCGAAAACGCGGCCAAAACACCGCGAAAAUCUCGACACCCAACUGCGCCGCGUGGGCGGCUGCGGCGGACGACCAAUGUGGAGGGGGACGCGCAUGUACAGCCUCCUAGGCGUCCUCCUCCUCCUGGCCCUGGCCUACCUGAACUGGCAUCCAGGCCACGGCCCCUCCGCCGGCGGCCCUGGUGGGUUCAAGCUCCCCAUGCCGUGGCUGCAGCCGCGGAUGUCCUUCGUGGGCCGCGCCGGCACCCACUUCGUCGACACCCUCACUGGCGCGCCGAUCUACAUCAACGGCUGGAACUCGUACUGGCUCCUCUCGGCCCGGUCUCCCUCGUUGUCCGUCGAGAUGCUGCGCCGCGGCCGCCGCAUGGGGCUGACGAUAUGCCGCACAUGGGCAUUCAGCGACGGUGGCCCCGGCGCGCUGCAGAUCUCCCCAGGCCGGUUUAGCGAGCCUGUUUUCCAGAUGCUGGAUUAUGUGAUAUACGAGUCCCGAAGAAAUCAUGUUAGAUUGAUCCUAUGCCUUGUCAACAAUCUUGAUAACUUUGGAGGGAAGGCCCAGUAUGUUCAAUGGGCACAAGCAGCUGGUGUUAAUGUCACAAAUUCUACGGAUUCCUUUUUCUUUCACCCAACUAUUAAAGGUUACUACAUGGAGUAUGUAAAGGCAAUAUUAACCAGAAGAAACACUUACAGUGGAAUCAAAUAUUGUGAUGAACCUGCUAUAUUUGCUUGGGAACUCAUGAAUGAGCCUAGAUGUGUGUCCAAUUCAUCGGGUCCGUAUAUUCAGUCUUGGAUAGAAGAAAUGGCAGCAUAUAUUAAGAGUUUGGACAGAAAGCAUCUUAUUACAGUGGGUACUGAAGGAUUUUAUGGCCCUGGGAGAGGUGAGAGACUGGGCGUAAAUCCUGGAGACUGGGCAGCUUCAGUCUGCUCUGACUUUAUACAGAACUCAGCUGUCAAAGAUAUUGAUUUUGCCUCGGUUCACGCCUAUCCUGAUAGCUGGCUACCAAAGGCAAGUAUGGAAGAAAAAGUCAAGUACCUUUCUGUCUGGGUUGAUUCACACUUGAAUGAUAGUGAAUACGUCUUGAGAAAGCCUGUCUUGUUUACAGAAGUAGGUUACCUCCAACAUGCAGAAGCUAACAGCACAGUUGAUGGAGACAUUCUUCUAAAAGUUGUCUAUGAUAAACUAUACGAUUCGGCAAAAAAGCUGCAAGCAGGAAGUGGCGCUCUUAUUUGGCAGUUGAUGGUCGAAGGCACGCAGAUGUACCAUGAUGACUUCUCCAUGGUGGCACGGGAUCGUCCGUCCACAUAUAAGCUGAUGAAGGAGCAGUCAUGCCGACUGCAGAGUCUAUAUGGAAAAGAGGGAGACCCUACUUGGAAAUGCUCACCCUAAGGGCUAGUUUGGCAACCCAAUUUUUCUAUGGAAUUUUCAAUUUUCUAAGGAAAAAUAAACUAAUUUCCCUUAAAAAAAUGAAAAACCUGUAGAAAAAUGGGGUUCCCAAAUUAGCCCUAAGUUUUUUCUUCUUCCUAUUGGUUUCGAAACCUUCCACUUCAUCCAACAAACUGGAUUGUUGGAAUCAUUCAGAAAGAGGAUGAUUAGGGAAAUGAUGAACAAACAUCUGUGUGGUAAAUAGCUUGUUCAUAGAUUUGUAGCUGAAGAGCUAGACUGCUAGUGGAAAAUCCACUUCUUACAACAAACAUGCAUUCUGUCAUAUCACAUCAUGCUGUACGUUGUACAAUUAAUAUGACCUAUUAGUGGUCAAAGUGAAAAGAGCACCGAUACAAGUUAUGAUA